ACCCCAGUCUAUUAGUAUGUUUGCAGUGAUAUUCACCCUCAAACGACGAGAAUCAUUCAAUAACUAACUGCUCAUGACUUUAUUCAAGCACGACUGACUGACCUGGUGACUUGCCACCUGGUCUCCGGAAUCCGAGCAUUUUCUCCGAGGCUCCGCCGAGACGCUCAGGCCACCCACUGUAGAAUCAUCCAUCAUUCAGAAUGUCGGCAGCUAUCGCGCCAUCCCCAACUACUACUACCACUAUAUCCAACGGCGUACCACUCACGCCCGCUUUGGCGCCGGCCAUGCAACCAAAGCCUGCAAUGAGUGCGAAUGAUGCCAAUAUGUCUCCGAGCCCCGGGCCGGGAAUCACGGGUUCGUUGACCAGCAAGGAAUGGGUUAUCCCUCCACGACCAAAACCAGGUCGGAAACCAGCUACUGAUACUCCGCCUACUAAACGUAAGGCUCAGAAUCGUGCUGCACAACGUGCUUUCCGUGAAAGACGGGCUGCACGGGUGGGCGAACUGGAAGAGCAAAUUAAGAAGAUUGAAGAGGAUCAUGAUUCGCUUGAGCAGGAACUGCGGGAUCAAAUUACUCGACUUACCAAGGAUCUGGAUCAGGCACAGAGUGAUGUCGCGUGGUGGAAGAAUCGGUGUCGCUCGUUAGAGCAGGAACUUGCUCAGGAAAGAAGUCAGACAGCCAACGCGACUGCAGAUACAGUUCCUAUCAAUAUACGCCGUAAGACGAAUAGCGGCAAGAGAACCGAUACGCACAUCGCUGAGCAGCGAGCACUGCACAAAGACACGACCAAUCAAUCUGAACUUGCUGCCACAGGUGGCGAAGGAGAAGUAACAAACGCAAGUUCAGCUCCCGAACCGGCAGUCAAAUAUGACCCGGAUCAAAUGGAAAUCGAUUUCACGUCGCGCUUUACUGCUCCGCGGACUACCGCAGCACCACUAGCUGAGACUAGAACCACGACGUCAACUCCUCCAGCAGAGCGAUGCGGGUUCUGUGGAGAUGGUACAGCAUGUAUCUGUGCCGAAAUGGCGGACCAGGAAUCCUCUUCAAGACACGAGAAUCUCUUUGAGCAGAAUCGGUUGGCUCCUCUUCAAAAUUAUUCACAGUUUACUCCACCUCCUUCGGACGGCGAUGCACGAGAGGUGACUCUCCCGUCUAUCUCGCAGGCUACGAAUCCAUGCGCCAAUGGACCAGGUACCUGUGCGCAAUGCAGAGCCGAUCCCCGAAGCACACUUUUCUGCAAGACAUUAGCAGCCUCUCGCACAGCCGGUGGAUUACCCGGUGGAUGCUGUGGUGGUAAAGGGGCCGACGGCGGAUGUUGCCAGUCACGCCCGGCUACCCGUCCGUCUGUAUCCAGUAAUCCGUCGCCCCUAACACUGACCUGUGCCGAUGCAUUCACGACACUAUCACGCCACCCGAAUUUCUCCCAGGCUACUGAUGAAUUAACCAGUUGGCUUCCAAAACUGCAUACCUUGCCCAAGCCACGUAAACCUUCUUUGACCGACAACUUGGGAUCUGCGAUAUCUGAACGGCCCGCUAUGGAGGUUGAAGCUGCUAGCGUUAUGGGAGUUUUGCGGUAUUUUGAUAGAAGAUUUGCUUCCAAGUGAUGAUUUGUAGAUGAGCAACGAUACAUAUCUCAACUCAUAUUUUAUUCUACGACCUCAGAUUAAGGCGACCCGACCAUCGGAGACGUGCCGAGAGAGUUUGAUACCGAGCCAACAUGCCUACGGAGACAGGUAUCCCCCGAGACCGCGUCACUGACGACUUGCUAUGAACUAGUUACGACUGAUGACGAUGGCAACAAGCAUACCUGUCCCUUCACUCCCCCACUGGGUGACCGGCUGCGCCUCGAAUGUACAUUACUUAGCAAUAGUUUUGCAGCCUGCAACUUUCAAGCACACGCUAUUGGCUUAGAAUAGUAUCUCAAUUGACGAAUCAAACUAUAUCUAUUUC